AUGAAACAAGAACAAGCCAAAGUGAUGUUUUUCUUGUUAGCCCUAACCUCAACAUUGGUUUUCCGACAAUCGGAAGCGCAGCCGAACUCGAACCUGUGUUCGACGACAGCUAUAGAUAACGUGCCGGGGUGUUUCGAUGCGGUGAGAUUAGCAGCGGAUGCAGAUUUCCGAUGGCUGUCAAAAGAUUGUUGCAACGCAGUGGAAACACUUCCUGAUACUUGCUUCUUGGUUGUCGUUCCUGGCAAAGCUUACUAUACUAAUAUCUUCAGAAGCAUUUGUAUUAGCAAAUUCCCUAAAUUACUACGUCUUUAA